UUCCACGCGCGGGGAGGACUUGGCGUUUCCUCUCACCUCCCGCCCCUUUACUUCGUUGGCUGGGAGCGUCACCUUAGAAAGGGCACUUGCCCAUCCUGGCGAUGAGGCCGGGAACCCAGGAAUCUCCCUUCGUCUUUACUAACAGGGAGGGAGGCAAUUUUUGCAGCAACAAGUUUCAGAUUUAAAUCCCUUGAUGACAAUGUAAUAUUUAUUGAGCCCUCCGUAUGUGUUAGGAACUGUUAGGUGGAUUGGAUUUGACAGAAAGGACUAAAGAUUAGAUUGUAGGAAAAGUAGAAGCAAUGUUUCGAAGACCUGUAUUGCAGGUAUUUCAUAAAUUUGUGAGACAUGAGUCUGAAGUAGCAAGCAGCUUGGUUCUGGAAAGAUCUCUGAAUCGUGUGCAGUUACUGGGGCGAGUUGGUCAGGAUCCUGUCAUGAGACAGGUGGAAGGGAAAAACCCAGUCACAAUAUUUUCUCUAGCAACAAAUGAGAUGUGGAAAUCAGGAGACAAUGAAGCAUACCAAAUGGGUGACGUCAGUCAAAAGACAACCUGGCACAGAAUUUCAGUAUUCCGACCAGGCCUCAGAGAUGUGGCAUAUCAGUAUGUGAAAAAGGGGUCUCGAAUUUAUGUGGAAGGGAAAGUAGACUAUGGUGAAUAUAUGGAUAAAAAUAAUGUGAGACGACAAGCAACAACAAUCAUUGCUGAUAACAUUAUAUUUCUGAGUGACCAGACAAAAGAGAAGGCAUAGAGCGGACCGUUCUUCUUUGGCCAGUGUUUGGUAUAGUCUCAUUUCCAAAUCAUGUAUAGCCUUUAUAGUUUCUAAGGACAAAAAUUAAAAUAUUCUUUUAUAUAAAAUGAUAA